GCUUAGUAACUUGGUGGAUAGAGGAAGGUUGGAGUCAGGAUUACGGCAUGUCCUUGGGAACCAAGAAGCCUGCAAUCAUUUGCUUUGACAUUUCCAAGGUCUCUGCGUUGGGCACCUCUAAGGGCUGUGUAAUAUUUUUCAGUGUCUCACCCUGACUGGCAGGGCAAUACAAAUGGAAAGUUACAAUCUAAUAGCUGCUUGUCCCAGUUUGUAAACAAAUAAGUGCAAUAUAGUCAUACAUGCCCUUUAUUGUAGAUAGAAUUCAACCACUUCUAUUAUAUGAUACGGUCACAUGAUGGCACAAUGCAGUGACAGAUACAAGAAGCACACCGCCAUUUAUACUUAAUAGUUGCAGCUUAUAGUAUGCCAGAAUAGUGUGUGCUGCCCCUUAUUUGAGUUUGUCUGGAUGCUGAGGGUAACAGGCAGCUACCAGGAAGUCAGAAUGGUUGAUCAAUAGGGGUGGGGACAAGGAAAGAGUUAAUCAUGGGGGGCACCCCCAGUAAUUAUUAUUACUAACCUCAGAUCCUUGGAAUGUUACUGUGCAUGCAUGCCCCCAGGACAACUGCAAAGGAUACCCGGACAGGGUACAAAAUGGCAGCACAAUACUCACAAGGUCUGAGCUUAGCAGUUUAUCAUUACAAGGGGGGUACCUAACAAAUUUGCAUUGCCCAGUGCUUAACAAAAUAAAACAGAAGCCUCAACAUUUGUUGGUAGAUUAUUAAUUGUAUGGGUAUUAUUCAGAUCUCCAUUAAAAUCCCCAUCCAGGCUCAAGUACCCCUUUCAGGCUCAGUGGUACGGCCUGCAAUGGGCUAAGUCUAACUGAAUGCAAAAGAGAAAGAACCGAGUCAUGGGGCAGAUAAAUACUAAUGUAGAGGGGACAUUGGACCUUGCUUUCAGAAGCAUCAAAGUCGAGUUACAUGUGACUUUCAGUUGGACACACGCAGCCAAUCAAACAGGUAUAGGAACCAAUCACAUGUUGGCUCUUAAAGAGGAAGCAGUAAAUGCUACAUGCUAAUUGGUGACAAUGAGGUGCCUAAUGGUAACACUUGUUAGCCUCGUAUCUGUCUCAGAGAUAGCAGUGUAUAUUUUGUUUUCUUCACUUCAGUCGUUAUUGGACAUUUUCCAGUUCAAACUCCGAAACCCUGACUUUGUGACAUUUGGCGAGGUCCCCUCAGCCCCUAACAGGGUUACAGAUCUUUUAAAGCACAGAUAUAAUAAUACAGUGAUGUGGGUUGGAAUAGCGGCGAGGGCAGUGUUUGCCUGGUGUGGGUGUGCCCCAUGGGUGCUGGCUAUGCCCACAGUGGGAGGGGCUGUGCUGCAUUACCUUUUGCUCUCCUUAUAUCUCUGUGUUCCAUACAACUCCAGGCAUUUAGGAAGAAGCAGCCUCCUGUCUGAUCAUGGCUCACCGUACAUUAGGAUUUCUCCAGAGGCUCCUUCCUGCUCUCUGUGGCAACAAAUCCCUUCCAUGCCGUGCUGUAACCCACACCAACUCCAUCUGUGCUGCAAGAGGUAUCACUACAACACCGCAACGCCAGGAUGCCCUAUUCAGUUCUGGAGACUCUGAUGACAAAAUAACCGUUAAUUUUAUCAACCGCAAUGGUGAAACCCUGACUGCUACAGCCAAGGAAGGAGAAAGUCUGCUGGAAGUGGUAAUACGCCACCACCUAAACAUAGACGGUUUUGGAGCCUGCGAGGGAACACUGGCUUGCUCUACAUGCCACCUAAUAUUUGAUAAGAAGGUCUAUGAGAAGCUGAGUGCAGUUUCAGAUGAAGAAAUGGACAUGCUGGACUUGGCAUUUGGACUGACCGAAACGUCUCGCCUUGGAUGUCAGGUUUGCAUGACAAAGGCUUUGGAUGGCCUGACUGUACGGGUGCCCGUGGAUGUAUCCGAUGCCAGGAGGGAAACAGAGGUUGGGAAACAAAGCAAGCAAUGAGUGCCAGAUAUGCCCCUACCUAGGGUUUGUGUCAUAAUUCUAUUACUCAUCUCAUAAAAAAGAGGACUAGAUGGAAUAUGAAAGGACAUCUCCAUUAUUACAUCAAUACCCUGACCGAGAGUGACAUUUGUCUCCAGACAACACCCAGUUCCAUCACACGGGUGGCACUAAGGCGGAGAAACGGCCACAUAACAGUUCCUUCUGAUACUGCUUGAGAGAACAUUGCUGUGGGCUUCUGUAAUGGGACCUUGGUCUUUAAGAUGGGAUUAUUAUUAUUAUAGCCACUGUACUUUAUACCCUUGGAUAUAUAUAUGACAAGUUCUUAGGGAAAGUGAUCAUAUAAUAGCUGUUGCGUACCAAGUACUGUAUUUCUUUAGGUUUGUAGAUAAAGUUCUAACACACAGUGCCUAUUCAUGCUUCUCCUGUAUUCUUUCCUUCAAAGCAUCCUUUGAAACUGGGCAACCGGGGAUUAGUAUGACUGCAGCAGUGCUACAUUGUAGGAGAAGGCAGUGUGGGAGACUACAUUGGGCAACUAAUGGCUCUAUAUCUGAUGGAUUAAAUCCUUUUUCUUUCUGAUUAGACACUGAUGAUGGGCCUUGGAUACAUGCCAUGGGAUGCCCAUAACCCAACACCCUUUCACUUUCUAUUCUUUUCUUACAAAGUUCUCUCUUUCUGUUCCGCUCUGCUCUGAGACAAAUUAGAGCGGAUACAGAUGGGGUUUUUUGCCUUCCUCUGGAUCAGCUUACAGGCAGGGUUAUAUAUACUUGAUAGAAGUGUGUCUUUUUUUCAAGAUAAUUUACUAUUAGAACACAUGAUAAUGUUAGCAUUCCAGUUUCCUUUGUUUAGACAAAUAGUUAAUACCUCAAGUCUUUACAGUACUUUGCAAAGACCUGUAUUGACCAAAAUAUCCCUCAGGAUUUGGUUUCAAGUGUACCCCCUGUAGGAUUGUGAGCCUUGACAAAGGGAACAACUCAUUCAUGUUGAAGAAAGGCCAGUCCUUUAAUCUGUUUCAACUGAGCAUUAAAUGUAGUGGAAAGAA